AAGGUCUUUAUUGUUACGUCUCAUUGCAUAAGUAUGAGAGAGUAAAAAUCUUAGGUUUAAGCUCAGUAAGGGAAAAACAUAUAGAAUAUACAGUAUAUAUAUAAAAAUCAUCAUUACAGUUUUACCUUUACAUACUAUUCAGGUCAAAUUCAACCCAAUUUUACAUUUCAGAGCAGUAAAAACACCCCAAACACCAUUGUUUUAGCCUGAAAUUUAAUGACUUUUUCUAAGUGACCCAGGGAGUGUUUCGGGUUUAAUUUGGCCGAUAUUUAUUCAAAAAUCACCAUUCAAAACUGUUGUUGCAUUCUCCACAUUCAAUAACAUUCACUGAAAUCAUUCUGGCUGUUAUGUUCUCCUGAUUUAUGUAAGAUGAGACCAUAAUAUAGUAGUAGUUGUAGUGAUAGUGAUUGUGAAUGUUUUUUCUUCAUAAACAAAUAGUGUAAAACCUAAAGAAUUCACUCUCUUUGCUCUCUGAAACUUUAAUUAAGGAUUAAUCAGCCAUUUAUUGCUGACUGAUGAGGUAUUUAUGAAUGAAAAAUGGAUUCGUGGUUCAGAGAUUUUGUAUACAGACUAAUUAUGAGGGGACAGUGUGAAGGGUCAGAGUAUGAACAGUUUAUCGGCUAUUAGAGGUUUUUAUUUGUGAUUAUUUCAGUAAACUGUACUGCGUAUGUUACACUUGUUUAAUAAGUGAUAUUCUCCUUCAAUCAGCUCAUUUGAUAAUUAGUCACCUGAGCCAAAGCUGCUCCUGCCAGCACCUGUAACCAGGCAACACCAAACAAACUGUCUCGGGACUGAAAACUGUUCACCACUGUUGACACUUUAACUUCUGAUGUAGCUGUUUGUUACAGUUUGAUUUCUUUUUGUCAAGUAAGAAUCCUACAAUUGUCAGAAAAUGAGCUGGGAGGUUUUAGUGUCACGGCCACACUUUGACAGCCGAGCGGUGGCCCAGGGAGUCCCGGAGAAGGAGCCGCCAGUAGAACCGGAGGUCCCGCAGCCGUCCUCGGGUUCAGCCACCGCGGGGUACCGCUCCGCUAAAUACACCCCAGCUGAGUGGUUCUCCAAAUACCAUAGCAUCCUCCAGCAGGCAGGCUCCGACCAACAUGAAGCCCGGAGAAUCCAGCGAGGGUCCAAAACUCUGUACCAGGACACCGAGACGGCGACUUUAAGGACCCAGGCCGAGGGAACAUGUCAUCUGGGAGAGAGACUCCAGGAGAUCCACCAUUGGAGGUCUGAGCUGCAGCGGCACAUCGAGCAGCUACUGGCCGACACCGAGUCACUGCUGGCGCUGAAGACGCGGCUAGAGAAGGCGCUGGACGCCACCGAGACUCCGUACGCCAUCGCUACCGAUAAUCUGAACUGCAGGACAAGAAGACUGGGACCAGACCUGGUCAGAGACACAGUGGAGGAGGAACUGUUAAAGGAAGUGGACUUGAUAAGGAGCAUCCAGGCUUUAUUGAAGAGAACUACAACUCAGGUUGUCAGCCAGAUAAAGAUGAAUCGAGAGGCCAAGCAGAUGCUCGAGAUGGACUGGUCUGAUAAGUACCAGGCCUACAACUUUGAUGACCUCAGUGGGAGAUACACUAAUAUGAGUCCAGAUACACGGCACCACCCCAGCUCAGCCACUGUGCAGGACCAGAUGUGUAACCACACGUCAUGGACAAAGUUUACGCAGGACAACCUGUCUAAGGCCUUGCAGGAGGAACAUGCCACUCACAGUCUCAGACUGCUGGUGGAACAAGUGCUGCUGGACACCACUGACGAUCUGAGAGUCCAGUGCUCCAGUGUGGACCGAGCCCUCGGCCAGCGCUGUGGGGAGCUGAUAGAGGCCAAGACCCAGCUGGAGAUGAAGCUCACACAGACCUUGGAGCAGAUUGGAGCCCAGGAGAAGAACAUCGUGGCUUUGCAGCAGGCCAUCCACAACAAAGAGGCUCCUUUAAGAGUAGCUCAGUCCAGACUUUACCUUCGCUCCCUCAGACCCAACAUGGAGCUCUGCAGAGAUGAACCCCAGCUCAGUUUGGAAGGGGAGGUGAGGCAGAUUGAUGCCACUCUGGCGUCUCUGCAGCAGCAACUGAGCGAGGCCAGAGGCUCCCUGUCCCACCUGGAGGAGUCCCGCAUGGCCCUUGAGAAGGACAUAAUGUGUAAAACCAACUCGCUGUUCAUAGAGAGAGACAAAUGCAUGACUCACCGUAAACGCUACCCAACAAUCUCCACACUAUCAGGAUACUGAAGACGAUGACUCUGAGUUUUUGUGUGGAGUUUGCUUUGGCUUCACUAGUUUUUCUAAGUUUAAAAUCUUGAAUUGUUUUGUCUCUUUGUGGUGGUGUGUUGUUUCUAUCAGUGAGCCCGAAAACUCAGUAAACAUAUUUAGUUGUAUUUCAGUCCAUUACAUGAUUAAAAACUGAUUUGCUUACUGUUGCUAUACACUGGUUACUGAUUUAUUAAUCACUUUGUCAAAAGGUCAAUAAAAUGAGUCAUCCAGAACUUCUUACCAAGAGUGCAGGUGCUUAAAAUUGUUAUAUCAGUUUAGUUGUUAAUCAAACACUACUGUAUAAGCAGUUCAUAACUGGUGUGAAUGUGAAAGCCUCAAUGUAAAAAUAGAGUA